AUGGAAAAUUAAACAACAAGUACGACUAAUCCGAGUUAAGUUUUGUUCAUUAGACAUGGCUAGAGAGCUGAUCUCCACCCGGAGAAAGAAGUAGAAUAUGAUAUUCCUUAUGACCCUCCACUUACUGACACAGGAUUCUAGCAAGCAAAGGAAACAGGUGAACAUUUGAAAGAGUAUAUUAGAAAUAACAAAUUUGACAAGAUCAUUCUCGAGGUCUCUCCAUUCUUAAGAACUAUCUAAACUGCCACUGAAAUAGCAAAGGCUCUUGAGUUGAAUGAUAUGAAGCUGAAUUACCAUUACAGAGAGUGGCUAGAUGCCUCAUUUUAUACUCAAAAUCCUUUGGAAAUCUUAAAUGUUAGGAUAAUGUCUAAGGAUGAAAUAUAAGAAAAGAUUUCUUAGGGAAUUGACUAUAAUCAUGAGGAUAUUCCUCAUGAUAUCAAAGAUUUUUUCCCAGAAAAUAAGUCUGACUGCAAGAAGAGAACUUAAAAUCUUAUUGAAAAAUUUAAGACUUAGUAUUAGAAUCAUGAUGAAAGAGUGCUUCAUUUGAUCGUUUCUCAUGGGUUCAUUGUUGAGAGCUUUGCUAUCCUGAAUGGGGGGAAGUAGAAAUUUCCAGAGUAUUGCUCAAUAUCAGGAAUUGAAAUAAGCGGGGAAGAUGUUAAUUUGUUAUUUGAUGGAAACUCUGAUCAUGUAAUUACAAAAUAUUGA